AUGGCAGUGCCGGGAAGUAAACUGACCGACUUUCUUGGAUUAGUGUCCAGUUGCUCAGAGGACCACAGCUGUGACCCAUGUUUAACUAUCGGUCAGCAUAUCAAAGCUCAUGGAUUUUGUGUAAACUGUCGGGAAUAUUUAUGCAACGAUUGCUUUGAAUGCCACCAGCGGACACAAUCCUCUAAUGAUCAUGAACUUGUUGACAAGAAUUAUACGGAUGAACGAUCAUUUUCGAGAAUACGUCCAAGCGAUUGCACUGACAAGUGCCAUCUACACAAGGAGGAAUUUAUAAAAUUCUUUUGCAAGCAUCAUGAAGAAUUUGGUUGUACAGACUGCUUGACUAUGAGUCAUAUAACAUGUGACCUUGAGUAUAUACCAGAUAAAUGUGCUGGGAUAAAGGAAAGUGAUGAAUGCAGACAGGUAAUGCGAGAAUUGGAUCGGAAACAGAAAGAAGAAGACGAGAAUAUUAUUCAACAGGCAAAUAUUCAAAACAGUCCAGUCGAUUCGUCCGAUGAAAACGCUACAGAAGAAAUAAUUUAUAGCAGGAAAGGGAUAGAUGAUCAAUUGGAUAAAAACCAGAAGCAAAUGGAACUUCCUUGUGAUGAAAGGAAGUCUACCGAAAUAAAAAAAAUACAGACAGUAAAUGAAACCUGUACAAGCGUUGCUUCAGACGUGGAUGGUGAAGAAGUUUUAGAAGAAAAGAAUGUCAGCUAUGGGUUUGGGCGCAGCAAAGAUCUACAAAACACGCUGUCGAUAGUAGAUGACUUUUGGACCCAUGAUGCCCAAAACACUGAUUUACCAGGAAAGAAGAAACGUUCUAACAGACUGACUUUAAUUCGUAAAAUCAAAGUUAAAACAAAGUCAAAUGAAUAUCCAUUUUCGUUUACAGGAUGUGCUGUUCUGAACAGGAACAAAGUUCUGUUAACUGAUUACAACAAUCGCAAACUUAUUGUCGUGGAUACAGAGAGAGAAGUUAGAAUAGAGAAGAAACCACUAGUCUCGGACCCGUGGGAUAUUGCCGUGCUACCACAGGACCAGGUUGCUGUUACAAUGCCUUUCGAGAAGGAGAUUCUUGUAAUGUCAACAGCUGGUAAGCUGACACCUGUCCGCAAGAUUAAAGUGAAAGGAGAAUGUUACGGUAUAACGUAUGGUGAGGACCACCUUUACGUUGCCUGCAAUCCUGCCAGCGUACUUUCAAUGGAUGUUCAAGGAAAUGAUCAGGUGAAUAUUUUCCAAAAGAGGGAAAGGUAUGAAAAUCACAAAGAUCUUCAUUAUUGUGUGUUAAGUGAUGACUGUAGUACAAUCUAUCUCAGUUCAUAUACUUCUCACUCUGUACUGAGGUUAACACUAACGGGCGAAUUAUUGUCCAUAUUCAAUCAUGGCGAUUUAAAAGAACCAGAAGGAAUGGUAUUAUUAGAUGAUGGAUCAUUGAUGGUAUGCAGCUAUAGAAAACAUGCAAUUCUACGUAUUUCCGGAGACCUGAAACACUGUCAGGAUGUACCUACAGUAGACAACCCACAAUCCAUAUGCUACAAUCAUCAUCGACAAGAGGUAUAUGUUGGUACGUUUAACAGUAAGCGGCUUUUGGUUUUCAGUCUGAAAUAA